UCAGUAAUUGUCGGUUUAAUCAUGUAGCUUGCACCAGUGGUUGUCAAGGCUUGAAGUGGAAUCUACUUUCAUCCGCUGGACGGCAGCUUGACAGUACGACUCGUGUUGACAGUAAUGUGUUGAUAAAACUAGGUUAUGACAGAGUUGGUUUGGCUUGCAUAUAACUAAGCUAUGAUGUAUGUUUCGGAUGCCGUUAACUUGUUAGGUUAACGGCAUGGUGCUUGCUACGCUUGUUAAAGGACUUGUGGUUAAUUUUAUAACGUUAUACAUCUGAAAAUAGUGUAUGCACGUGAUGUCACCGAACGCGGAAGUCGCCACAUUUACUCCUCCCACUGUCAUCUCAGACUCGCAUGAAGGAACCUUGCUGAAAAGUAGAAGCAGUAGUUACGCAAGGCCCUGGAUGGAUAGCCUGGACCCUGAAACCCUGUAUGUGUCUCCGGAGCAGACUGGGCAGGCCACACUCCCUCUCCCUAACUUGGAAGUCUCCAACUUGGCACUAGGGGGUGGGAAGAAGAUGAAUGGGUCUUUGGACCACCCCGACCAACCAGACGUUGAUGCUAUUAAGAUGUUUGUGGGACAGAUUCCACGGUCCUGGUCUGAGGAGCAGCUUCGGGAGCUAUUUGAGCCUUAUGGAGCAGUCUAUGAGAUUAAUGUUCUCCGAGACCGCAGCCAGAAUCCACCACAGAGCAAAGGCUGCUGUUUUAUAACGUACUAUACUCGCAAGUCAGCCUUGGAAGCACAGAAUGCUCUGCACAACAUGAAGAUUCUGCCAGGGAUGCACCACCCAAUCCAGAUGAAGCCAGCUGACAGUGAGAAAAACAAUGGUAACCAUGCUCAGGCCCGGCUGUGGCCCGAGCAAUGUGAGUGCAGGCCAGUGGGAGACAGAGGAGGAGGGACAAUGGUGCUUCAGCACGUGGAGGACAGGAAGCUGUUUAUUGGAAUGAUAUCCAAGAAAUGUAAUGAGAACGACAUCCGACUGAUGUUCUCACCAUACGGGCAGAUAGAGGAGUGUCGGAUACUUCGAGGUCCUGAUGGACUCAGCCGUGGUUGUGCAUUUGUGACAUUCACAGCUAGACAAAUGGCCCAGUCAGCCAUCAAGUCCAUGCACCAGUCCCAGACAAUGGAGGGUUGCUCAUCACCCAUUGUAGUGAAGUUUGCAGACACUCAAAAGGACAAGGAGCAGAAGCGAAUGGCCCAACAGCUGCAGCAGCAGAUGCAGCAGCUCAGUGCUGCUUCCAUGUGGGGAAACCUCACUGGGCUCAACAGCCUGGGACCACAGUACUUAGCGCUCUACUUACAGCUGCUACAGCAGUCAGCUUCAACGGGGAAUGCACUCAACAAUCUGCACCCUGUUUCAGGUCUUAAUGCAAUGCAGAACUUAGCUGCUUUAGCAGCAGCAGCAACUGCCACACAGGCCACGGCAUCAGGCUCCAGUGCCAUGACAACAUCUAGUAGCCCACUAAGUGCACUAACAAGCUCAGGCUCCUCCCCCACCUCCAGCAGCACCUCAUCAGUGAACCCCAUGGCCUCUUUAGGGGCCCUGCAGUCUCUGGCUGCUGGUUCUGGAGCUGGUCUCAACAUGGGCUCCCUGGCAGGUAUGGCGGCACUGAAUGGCAGCCUUGGCUCUGGAGGCCUGUCUAAUGGCUCAGGAAACACCAUGGAGGCACUGAGCCAGGCCUACUCAGGCAUCCAGCAGUAUGCUGCCGCUGCUCUGCCCAGCCUGUACAACCAGAGCCUGCUGUCCCAGCAGAGUGUCUCAGCAGCAGGCAGCCAAAAGGAAGGUCCAGAAGGUGCCAACUUGUUCAUUUACCACUUGCCCCAGGAGUUUGGAGACCAGGACUUGCUCCAGAUGUUUAUGCCCUUUGGAAAUGUGAUCUCUGCUAAAGUCUUCAUUGACAAACAGACUAACCUCAGCAAGUGUUUUGGCUUUGUGAGCUAUGACAACCCAGUGUCAUCACAGGCAGCCAUCCAGUCAAUGAAUGGUUUCCAGAUUGGUAUGAAGAGGCUGAAAGUGCAGCUGAAGCGUUCAAAGAAUGACAGCAAGCCCUACUGAAGGUGCUGAGGCACUGCAGACUUAGUUAGGCAGGGUGGUGUUAUGGUAAGUGGAGUAUGAAUACGCAACUAAGACUGGUCCACUCAGAAACUUGUCUGUGCAUUAUGGGGUGAUGUCUGCUGCGCUGCCACACCUGGUCAUUAGAACAUGCCCAGGCAAAGAGACAUAUGACGCUACAUGCAAGAUUUUUCAGGCUAGACUGGAUUCUUCUUAUGUUAUGUUGUGGUUUAUGCACUUUGUUUUCCUUUUUAACAAAACAGGUGUAUUUUCAUUUAAGUUUGAAUGUUUGCUGUGGUACAUAAUACACAUAUGAGUUGAGUGUUAGGGUGUGUUGCACAUUCACAGUCAGGUGCCAAAUCCUUGUGUUUUUACUUCCUGUUCUCCUUCCCCUGCACCACCCAGACCCAGCAUCAAACUCAUGAAAGUAGGCAGCCGCCGGAAAAGACAGAACUACACGUCAUUAGGAAGCAGAAAUCAAACUUAGUUAAUAUAUAUAUUUUCACAUACCAAAAUGUGUGGUUUUCCCUAAGUAUGUAUUGGAUAAUUGUAUUAUCUCUUGAAUUGAAAUAAUGUAUGUGAUACCCACCCAAAUUAGCCAUGAGGCUUAAUGUAAGGUAAGGUAGAGAAGGAGGAGCUCCACCAAAACAUGCAGAUACCAUUUAGAAGAUAUUUGUCCUCAUUCAGCGUUUGCCCAACACUUUCUGUUGAUAGAGCAAGGAGCGUUCAUACUCAGAUGGUUAUCUCUGUUACUUGGACUGCCACGUAUUUAUUACAUCUAAAGAUAACACAUUGAUGCUAGUUCAUAUCUGAUUUGUUGUCUGGGUGUAGUGACAGUUGCAUGGCUCACACUUCUUGAGUGGCCUCAGGUGGGGGGGCUACACAUUUGUGAAUGGUUGUCUUGUAUCCAAACAUUGGCUGGAUUUGAUUUCUGCAUGCACAUCAUAGCCUUAACUAUAUUUUUAUUUAUUUGAUGGUUGGAGCAUUUCUAAUGCUGCUGAUGUUGCAUGUAGUGAAGCAGUUGUGAAGUAUAGAUUUUUUUGGAGGACUAAACACAGCAUGAUUUGGUGGUGCUCCUCCUGUGCUUCUGCACUCUGGUGAUAGGUUGGGCUGAUGUGGCUGUGAAGACCAACUGUCAGCUGUUGCUAGUAAUACUGUGAAAUUUGGCAAUAAAAACAAACAGCAUAGGCUUGCUCCACUCAUCUUGAUAUCCAAGAGUCUGUCUACUGCAGAUGUAAUGCUUUGUAUGAAUACAUUUUAUGGUUUUAGUUAGUUUCAACCGUGAAUCCAGGUGUUUUGUAAUAAAUCAACAUCAUCCCUCAGCUACUGUCCUGCUAGCUAGCUGCUAGCCAAUCUAUAGAGGGCUACACCACUAUGUCUCUCACUGAAUAUCUUCUGUGAUUGGAGAAUUCAUAUAAAUGUCAAAUUGCUAAAGACAAACCUGUUAGUUGCUUAAACUUGCAAGAAUGUGUGUUUUUUUUAUAGAACUAGAAAGCGGAAAAAUUGUUGAGAUGUAUAUUUACUAUUAUGCCUUUUCUAUUUUUAUAUAGGUUUUAUACUUCCCCUGUGUGUCGGGGAACUAUUUAUUGCCUAAAUUAUUUAUCUGAAUUGAAAUUAUUUUGAAAAACAAAUGUUAAGUCCAACAACUCCAUUUGAUCUCCUGGUGUGUGUCCUUUCCUUGUCUGUUCAGCGUUGUUUCCUUUUGGUAAUGUGUUCUACUGUCUUGUCAUGUGGCAUGGACUGUGUGUGUAGGAUCCAUCAGUGCUUCUACAGACCCCCCUCUCUGUUACACAUGCCUUCAUCUCUGAAUAAAUCACUCAUUUUCCACAAACACAGGGAGCAUAGUUUAUUCUAAAAGUCAAUGUCAACAUGUUGGUCCUGUCAUUCUAUUCAAUUUAAUAGUCAUCUUCUCAUCAACUUUACAUUACGUGAAGUCCUGAGUGUAUUUCUAAUAGUGGAACUAGUUUGAAAACUGAUUUCAGGCCCAUAGAUUGAGGCAGAAUAUGAGUAUGACCAGGGUACUUGGAGAGUUUCUCACUGCUCCAGGGUCAGUCAUGUGUAAUGAAUUAUUGUCCCAUUUUUAUGUUAUGUUUGCGUUGGAAAUUUCUUGGUAUAUUGUGUACCAAAGCUAUUGCACAAAAAUCAUGAUUAUGUAUCAGGGAAUUUGUAGUCGUAGCUGAUCCAGCUGUGUCUUGAUUGAAGACCACUGUUUGCUUUCAAGCUUGUUUAAUAGUGGUAAGGUCCUGGAUGACUUGUAAAUCAUUCAUCACAUAAAAUGUACUACUGAAAAACUACAGCAGGAUGUAAAUAAUAAUAAGCCAGGCAUGAACUUCAUAGUCUGUUGUUAUUAGCAGUCAGGAUGUUGUUGAUCACUGUUCCAGAUAAAUGGGUUUACAUUGAAAGUUUGUAGAUCUUUGUUGAAAAGAAAUUUUACAACAGUUACGUGAACCCAUCAAAGAACUUGGCUAAGUUUACCACUACUAUUUAUACUUUAUGAACUUGACUUUUUUUCUAACUUUACAAUCAUCCGGUGUGUUUCUCUGAUACUGUUCUGCUACCAGGACUGACCUGAGGGCGGUGUAGCAGUCAGCUUACUGUCAGCCACUUGAGAGCAACUUCCUGGCGAUACACUUUAUAACUUAAUGUGAAUCAGUAAUGUAAGAACAGCCUUGUGUAAAUGGAAAGACAAAAGUUACAUCUCUUAACUGGAAGUCAUAUAUACUUACAUUUUGACUGACCAAUUUUUAAAAUGCUUGCUGUGUGGUUUCAGAUGUGUAUUUCCCUCUUAUCUAGGCAGACCUUGGUUUCCAUUAUUAUUAUUUUUUUUAUGGCACGAAAAUGAAAUGGUAUAUGCCAUAGAAUGAAUGUUACAAAUUUAGCCACGGUUCUUAGAACCCUGGAUGACUGUGAGAGGCAGUGCGUAUCACUGUGUACCUUCCAUCUUCUGCACACGCAGAACAAGUAUUUUUCUCAGAUGUGAGACCUGUGACCACGGAUGACCCCUGACCGGGUAUACCACCGGUGUCAUCCAGUCGAUAAGUUCUACAGAGUCUUCUCGUGACUCAGAAGAUUCCAAGGGAACAAGUGACUGAGAAGUCUGCCAUUCAUCCAGGAUUCAUAGAACCGUGGUUACAUUCAUAACCAUCAUUGUUUUGCACCCUCUCUGACUGGCAGUGGCUAUCACUGGAUGACUUGUGACAACAGACUUGCAAGGACUAAGGUACCCACCUCAUAAUGAUGAAGCAAAGGAGCUCAGCUGACGAACAACACACAAUGGGUGGGGGGUGGCCACAUUCACUCUGUAGUAUCUGGAAAAUGUGCUUGUGAUGCCCACAAGGCCAUAGUACGGAUGUUCUUCAAGGGUACACCUCUUAGGAUUGCCCGUGACAUUGAUCCUGGCAGAGUGACACUUUACCACAGAUGGUACAGCACGACCUGUCACACUGUAUGCGUAAGCGAUGGCAUCCCCUACCCAAUGGGACAGGUGCUGUAUGGAGAGAGUGCAACCUUUCUUAGCACCACCAUCAAUGACAAAGAGCUGGUGUGACCGUUGUAUACAUGCAGUAGCUUGCACCCAAGCUCUUAGGGUGUGCACUGUGCCUUGACUUGGCUUCUCCCCGAUGGGGGGUCAAACUGUCCAAGUUGGAUUGGCUGAUUGAGGUGUGAGCAUGCCAGCACCUUAGGGAGGAAUGCUGUAUUGGGCCACGGAGUGACACCGCAGCUAUCUGGGUUCCAUCUCGGACAGGUGUCGCUCACAGACAAGGCAUGGAUCUCUCCAACACACUUUGCUGAAGUGAUGGCCUUAACAUGCUGUGAAGAACCCCCAGCUGAGACAGGAUAUCCUUCCUGCUGGGGAGGUCCCAGGGCAUCCCGCAGCAGUGUCGGUGCAGCAGUGAAACCAAGACCUGGCUGGCCAGAAAGGGGCCACCAAAAGUGACCACAAUAAAGCACCCUGAGCAGUGUUGACAAAAUUAUGGGCAAUGAGGGAAAGGCAUAGUGAAGACAAUCUGACCGCUUGUGAGCCAAAGCAUCCUGGCCCAAAGGUUUAGUCUUCUCUAUCAGGGAGAACCAGGUGGGCCAAAGGGUUGAUGUCUCUGAGACAAAGAGAUCCACCUGUGCUGUGCCGAAGAGACCCCUGAUGCUCUGCACCUCGUCUGGAUGAAGCAGCCACGCCUAGGACUACCAGAGGGUGGCAUGUCCCUGCGCAGACCCAAAAACUGCUGUCUGCUCUGGUUAGCCUGAACCAUCCACUUUAGCCAAAGAUAUGACAUCUUCCUCCAGCACCAGCUCACAACGCCUUGGUUGAAGUUAUUUGCUCAUAGAAGGGGAUGCCUGACUCACCCAUUAGAUACUCCAUGUCGGCCAGUCAUUUCAUGCACAGUCCUCUAGGGACUCUCCCUCAAAUGUUUGAGGCCAAGACAAGUGGGGCAACGGUCAUGCCCAUCUUUAGAUUGAAGAGGAACCAUAUAGGGCACAGUUAUGGGAAUUGAUUCAAAUGACAACACCAGAUGGUACAGCCAGAUAAAGUCAUACUGAGUGAGAGCACUGGGCUGACUGUGUUAGGGGACCAGUGAGAGGAGAGAGACGACACUCUCUUAACUUGCACAGUAACUGUUAAAUCAAACUGAUAUUAAAUGUACACUCUGCUAGCUUUCCACCAAGUUAGCCUGAGCAAGAGCAAUCUGCUAAAUAGGAGAGCAGGGUGUAAUGUACAAUGCUACAGUGAGACGGGACCGGGAACACUGUCUUCACUAGCACAGUAACAAUUAAUCAGGCUGAGACACGGCACAUUCUCUGCUACCCACUAAAUUAGUGAGUGACAGUGCUCUGCUAAUUGUGAACAAGAUACAAAACAAAAUGCCACACUACGGUGAGAGGGGAGCGGGAACGCUCUACUCACUGGCACAGUUGGUGUCAAAUCCAACUGAUACCAAAAGCAUCAACUUAGCCUUGGUGAUAGCACCCUGCAAACUGCUGAACAGGAUUUCAUUCAGUGUACAGUACACAGUAAGCGGGGAGUAUGAACACUCUCUUCACCGUACCAGUUAGACUAAGCUGAGACCGGCAAAGUUGCUCCUGCUACCACUAAUUUAGCAUGAGCGAGAGCACUCUGCUGUGAACUACCUAUGAAAUAAUGUAUACUAUAGUGAGAGGGGAGCAAGAACACUCAUCACUGAUACCAAACAUAACGUUAGUCAGUAUGAGCCAACAUCAUUAAAACAACAAAGAUACAGAGAGCAAUAUGUUUAGCAUCAGGACCAAAGACACUCCUCUCACUGACACACUUAUCUAUAUAAUGCCAAUUGAUCUUACCGAUUACUGUUGGAAAUGAAGGUGGUGAUUUAACUUAAUGCUACUACAGAAAAUGACCUGUGUAAGCGAGAAGAUGAUAAGGAACUGAUCGCUUGGAUUAUACCAGUAGUUUUAUCUGGUCUGGGUCAUCCAAGGUCACACAUGACUUUUAUGAUUAAAAUACUAAGCAUUACCUCUGGCAGUCAGGAAGGGUGAAGUUCUUUUGUUGCACCUUUUCACAGAAACCAUUAUGCCAUGAAAUAGUAGGUUAACAAAGUUGUUACUAAUCACGUUAAUGAGGGCUCAGAGAACGAAAACUUUGUUGUUGUUUGUCAUUAGUAACACCUGUUUAUAUUGACUAUAUCAUGUCAAAAUGCCUACUGUUUUAAAGGUCUAUUUACUGACCUGCAGUGCAAAAUGUCACCUUGCCUGCCGUGCCGAUUUAUAUAUUUUUUUUUUUUUAAAGAGAGGUGUUGUCCCAUCCCUUCUGGUGUGCCCCAUGGGACCUUAUAUCCAGAAAAGCAGCCAUGAAUGGGGAAAGAAAAAUACUUUUUUGAUCACGAUUGAAUUGUGCCAUGAAUAACGCGUGUUCGUUGAUUUAAAAGCCAAUUUUACAAGUCAAGAAAAUCACAGUUUGUUGUAAAAGUAGUCAAAUUCCAUUUAGGUUUGUGUGAAACUGCUCAGUGAACUUUGGUCAGUACAUGUCGCUAAAACCAACAUCACCUUGGUACAAAAGUAUUUUUUUAAAAAAAAGUUUGCUAGACAUUAAUAGUGGGCCGAGUCGAACCUUAUGGUGGUCCACUUUGGUCAGCAAAAUCCAUCUGACAAAGAUAGAUACAGGCUUCUCACUCAAAGCUGCAUUUUGAAAUGCAGCAAACUGCAAUACAGCUGAAUAAAUAAGACUUGGUAAUAUAACUUUAAGCAAAAUCAAACAGCUGACAUUCACAGUGAAGAAUCUCACAACUCACGCAGUUUUAAGAGUCUACUGAUUUUGAGAUGCAGAUUUUCUUUCUAUUAUUCAAGUGAAUGGAAAGUAGUGACUGCUUUGAAUUGACGUCAGAUCUAAAGCAAAACAACACGAUUGGCACAAUGGUUAGCUUCUUUCUUCUUGAAUAUUUACAUUUGUUGUAAUUAGGAUAACACAUGCAAAACUAUGGCACUCUAAUACUGUUUUAAAAUCGUUUAUUUUAAAUCCAUUGAGAUAUUCAGUCACUACAGCAUGUAGUGUAAAACUUUAUCACUUAGUUUAAUCGCUAGUUAACUCUUUAUGAUAAUUGAUUAUGAAAGAUCAGUGUACAAAAAAAUAAGUAAUUUUUCCAGUGGCAUUCCCCAGCUUCCAUACAUGAAUAGAUGUGGACUGGUCUGGCAGCCUGGCGUGACCUCUCCCUGAUCCUUUGCGUGUGUGUGUCUUUGUGUGUGUAUUUGUUGUUGUCAUCCACUUCAGUUUCUGGUAGCAUGUGGCUCAUCCUCACUCUGUUCCUGACACUGACUGUUGAGUGUUUUAGACUUUGAUCGACCCCACAUAGUGAUGAUCAUUCUUGGUUUCUUUUCUCUCUGUCUGUCUGUGUUCCAUUGCUGUUUAACCUAGGUUUGUCUCCCUGUUGUGUUUUUCUUUUUGUUUUUUUCUAGAUCUCUUCCUGUUUGCCCCUAGCAUGUUGAUGUGGCGUCACAGUUCAUCGUCCAGUCCUUGUCUUCUGCGCUUCUCUGAUGCUUCCAAAUUCACUUUUGACCUUGUGUUUGACAUUGAUUACUUAGAGGUUUUGUUUUGUUGUUUCCCAUAUGUCCUCUUAGCUGCCAACAGGGGCACUAGAAAGACUGCCAAUGAACAUGUUUAAAAGUUAAAUCUGAAAUAUUACAAACAAAAAGAGCAUCUAUUUUUCUAGAACUGACUAAUAACCACUAGAUUGUUGCAAAGCUUGACACGAGUCUGACCUUUAACUUUGUUUUAUCUCCUGUGUUGUGGAGCAGUCCUCCCAGUGCCCCAUCCUAUGGUUUUGUUGUGUUUUUUGUGUGAAAGCAGCUUUUCUCUCUAGGCUAUGUUGUGUAUGAGUGUCGGUAUGUGUCUCCUAAGUUAGGGAAACUUUUCAAGCAGUGAUCAUGUGUUGUUGGACAUUUGUAAUUUAAUGCUAGGCUAGCUAAGGGUUCAUCCUUGGGAGUUCCCGUUUGAGUGAUGUUAUAAGGAGGUAACAUUUAUUGUCAUUGUAAAAAUCAGAUUUUACUUUAAGCCUGUCGGCACACCACCACAAGCACAUGAUGCUGUUCUGCUCUUUUGUGUGGAGAAUCAGACACAAAGACUUUUGUCACAGUAUAUUUAGUAUGCAUGUUUUUUUUAAUAUCUGCACUGAAAUUCUUGGCAAAAUGUGAUCUAGUUUGUGUUAAGUUAAAAAUGAUGAAUAAACUGGUGCCAAAUGUUUUGCACAAUCAGUU